UGCAUUUCAAAUUACCGAUAGGCUGAAAUGUUUAUUUAUUUUAUGUAUCUUCUUCAUUUGAAGAUAUUAAUGAGACGUGAUCGCAGGCCAGUUGAAGUAAAAUAAAACGAUUUUUACAAACAGAUAGAACGCGAUUUUAAUAAGUCCCAGAACAUUAAAUUCUUGCAACUUGCAAAGUUCUUCGGAACCGAUAAGAAAUAGCUGUGACAUUGAUGUAUCAGCGUUAUUAUCACUUCGACGAUGCAUAUUCGUACACUCUACGUAUUUAAAAUAAUAAUACAAAAUAUUUACUUUUUAUAUUCCUAACACUUUAUUGGGCUACUUUACGAGAACAAUAAAUGUAUUGUUAACAAUAUAUAUGAUAAAUGUAUGAGAACAAUAAAGCUUAUUCGAUUUCAUAAUAGUAAUUGAAAAAUAAUAUAAAGUUAAGGCAAUUGUGUAGAUUACGUUUAGUUAUUUUUUUAAAUUCUCCUUCUUUGUAGAUAGGAGUAAUGAAUUUAUUCCUUAGUUUUUAUUUGCUAAUUAUUACAAUAUGGCAUUUUGUGAUGUCGCAAGAUACUAGUAAUUGGUUGGAUUCGGAGGUGAUAGAGGACCGGUCGAAAUAUGUUCCAAAACAAAGUGAAGACCGAAGUGAGAAUGCGCUAGACAAUAAUCUGUGGCAGGAGUCGUAUGAAGACAAAUCAAAGGAAGAAUUCUAUAAAUUAGAAUCAGGGGGAUCUGAUGAAAACGAAUUGAAACGGAUUGUAAGUGACUCCUCGGUUGAAUUAAAGCCGGCCGUUUUUGUGUGGUCCAAGGGUAUCGUGCCAUAUUACGUAGACCCUAAAAGCUACGAUGAAAUAAUAACGAAACGCAUAAGAACAGCAAUGAAUUCGAUAGAGAGGGUCUCUUGUGUGGUUUUUAAGCCCUUGUUAAGAAGAGGUAAAGAGAUAAGUGGUUAUAUGUGGCUGAGUAUCGAAAAUCCAACAAAAAUCAGGCGAUGCAUACAUAGACCAUUGCACGAUGGCAGUGGAAAAGCGACUAUGAUCAUCGGUUACGAGUGCAUGACGCCACGUGACAUGCUGCAUACGAUGAUGCAUGUCCUUGGGUUCCACGACGAGAUCACCCAUCCACAGCGAAAUAACUAUGUCAGAAUCCUCUGGCCGAACAUACAACCACAAUACCGGUCGCUGUUCUGGGCGAGGGGAGAAUUUGAACAGAAGGAUAUGGUAGAGUACGACACCAUGAGCAUCAUGCAUUUCCAUGACCACGCCUACAGCAACAAUGGAGGACCUACUAUAGUACCUUUGGUACACGGCUUGAAAAUAAAGCAAUCAGAAACAGUUCAUUUUUCUCAGUUAGACGUUAUGAAGCUUCAAUUAACUUACGGUCACGAUUGCAACAGACGGAAGGUGAGGAAACUGUAUGAAACCUGUCAGGCUGUUAUGGGAGACGGUGAAGACGGUUCAGAUGGUCAAGAUGGUUCAGAUGGUCAAGACGGUUCAGAUGGUGAAAACGGUGCAAGAGACGAAGACGGGACAGAUGGUGAAGACGGUAAAGGUGGUGAAGACCGUAAAGGUGGUGAAGACGGUCAGGACAGCAAAGGAGAUGAAUACGAUACAGAAGGUCAAGACGGUACAGGAAAUCGUGACAAUUUAGAUAAUAAUCAAGACGACCAAGACUUUGCAGAUGAUCAAGGCCGUCAAGGCGGUCAAUAUGUUAACGGAUCUCAUACAACAAAAGAAGUGAACCCAUCACCCAAGUCAAUGGUUAACAAAGAGCAUUUUGAUUUGAUGCAAAACGUAUCCCAGAAACAUGUACCAAAUAAAUUGUAACUCGAAUAUAAGUUCUACUAGAUGUUAUAUUUUUUGUUUACUGGCAGUAUCUUGCACUCACA